AGAGCCCAGAGGGACAGCGCCCAGAGCCCGGAUAGAGAGACACGGCCUCACUGGCCCAGGACUGGGGGCACAGCCACCAGGGUCCCCUUCCCCCUCCUCAGCUCCCUCCCUGGCCCCUUUAAGAAAGGGCUGAUCCUCUCCUCUCUUGAGUUAACCCCUGACUGUCCAGGUGGCCCCUGGGCUCUGGCCCUGGUGGGCGGAGGCAAAGGGGGAGCCAGGGGCGGAGAAAGGGUUUGCCCAAGUCUGGGAGUGAGAGAAAGAGGCAGGGGUGCUGAGAGGGCGGCUGCUGAGCAGAGUCGGUGGUGGCGAGGGCCUCCCCUGCCGCUGUGCCAGGCAGGCAGUGAGUGCCAAAUCCAGAGAGCCCGGAGCUGGGGGGAGGGCCGGGGACAGCCCGGCCCUGCCCCCUCCCCUGCUGGGAGCCCAACAACUUCUGAGGAAAGUUUGGCACCCAUGGCGUGGCGGUGCCCCAGGAUGGGCAGGGUCCCGCUGGCCUGGUGCUUGGCGCUGUGCGGCUGGGUGUGCAUGGCCCCCAGGGGCACACAGGCUGAAGAAAGUCCUUUUGUGGGUAACCCAGGGAAUAUCACAGGUGCCCGGGGACUCACAGGCACCCUUCGGUGUCAGCUCCAGGUUCAGGGAGAGCCCCCCGAGGUACACUGGCUUCGGGACGGACAGAUCCUGGAGCUCGCGGACAGCACCCAGACCCAGGUGCCCCUGGGUGAAGAUGAGCAGGAUGACUGGAUAGUGGUCAGCCAGCUCAGAAUCGCCUCCCUACAGCUUUCCGAUGCGGGACAGUACCAGUGUUUGGUGUUUCUGGGACAUCAGAACUUCGUGUCCCAGCCUGGCUACGUAGGGCUGGAGGGCCUGCCUUACUUCCUGGAAGAGCCUGAGGACAGGACUGUGGCCGCCAACACCCCCUUCAACCUGAGCUGCCAAGCCCAGGGACCCCCAGAGCCCGUGGACCUACUCUGGCUCCAGGAUGCUGUCCCCCUGGCCACAGCUCCAGGUCACGGUCCCCAGCGCAACCUGCAUGUUCCAGGGCUGAACAAGACAUCCUCUUUCUCCUGCGAAGCCCAUAACGCCAAGGGGGUCACUACAUCCCGCACGGCCACCAUCACAGUGCUCCCCCAGCAGCCCCGUAACCUCCACCUGGUCUCCCGCCAACCCACGGAGCUGGAGGUGGCUUGGACUCCAGGCCUGAGCGGCAUCUACCCCCUGACCCACUGCACCCUGCAGGCUAUGCUGUCAGACAAUGAGGUGGGCAUCCAGGCGGGAGAACCAGACCCCCCAGAGGAGCCCCUCACCUUGCAAGCCUCUGUGCCCCCCCACCAGCUUCGGCUGGGCAGCCUCCAUCCUCACACCCCUUAUCACAUCCGUGUGGCAUGCACCAGCAGCCAGGGCCCCUCAUCCUGGACACACUGGCUUCCUGUGGAGACGCCGGAGGGAGUGCCCCUGGGCCCCCCUGAGAACAUUAGUGCCACGCGGAAUGGGAGCCAGGCCUUCGUGCAUUGGCAGGAGCCCCAGGCGCCCCUGCAGGGUACCCUGUUAGGGUACCGGCUGGCGUAUCAAGGCCAGGACACCCCAGAGGUGCUAAUGGACAUAGGGCUAAGGCAAGAGGUGACCCUGGAGCUGCAGGGGGACGGGUCUGUGUCCAAUCUGACAGUGUGUGUGGCAGCCUACACUGCUGCUGGGGAUGGACCCUGGAGCCUCCCAGUACCCCUGGAGGCCUGGCGCCCAGGGCAAGCACAGCCAGUCCACCAGCUGGAGAGCUGGAUCCAAGGCCUCAUCCAUGACCUGUUCCUCGUACCCCCGAUAGUGAAGGAAACUUCAGCUCCUGCCUUCUCGUGGCCCUGGUGGUAUAUACUGCUAGGAGCAGUCGUGGCCGCUGCCUGUGUCCUCAUCUUGGCUCUCUUCCUUGUCCACCGGCGAAAGAAGGAGACCCGUUAUGGAGAAGUGUUCGAGCCAACAGUGGAAAGAGGUGAACUGGUAGUCAGGUACCGCGUGCGCAAGUCCUACAGUCGCCGGACCACUGAAGCUACCUUGAACAGCCUGGGCAUCAGUGAAGAGCUGAAGGAGAAGCUGCGGGAUGUGAUGGUGGACCGGCACAAGGUGGCCCUGGGGAAGACUCUGGGAGAAGGAGAGUUUGGAGCCGUGAUGGAAGGCCAGCUCAACCAGGAUGACUCCAUCCUCAAGGUGGCUGUGAAGACGAUGAAGAUUGCCAUCUGCACAAGGUCAGAGCUGGAGGAUUUCCUGAGUGAAGCAGUCUGCAUGAAGGAAUUCGACCAUCCCAAUGUCAUGAGGCUCAUCGGUGUCUGUUUCCAGGGUUCUGAACGAGAGAGCUUUCCAGCACCUGUGGUCAUCUUACCUUUCAUGAAGCAUGGAGACCUACACAGCUUCCUCCUCUAUUCCCGGCUUGGGGACCAGCCAGUGUACCUGCCCACUCAGAUGCUAGUGAAGUUCAUGGCGGAUAUCGCCAGUGGCAUGGAAUAUCUGAGUACCAAGAGAUUCAUACACCGGGACCUGGCGGCCAGGAACUGCAUGCUGAAUGAGAACAUGUCCGUGUGUGUGGCGGACUUCGGGCUCUCCAAGAAGAUCUACAAUGGGGACUACUACCGCCAGGGACGUAUCGCCAAGAUGCCAGUCAAGUGGAUUGCCAUUGAGAGUCUAGCUGACCGUGUCUACACGAGCAAGAGUGAUGUGUGGUCCUUCGGGGUGACAAUGUGGGAGAUUGCCACAAGAGGCCAAACCCCAUAUCCAGGCGUGGAGAACAGCGAGAUUUAUGACUAUCUGCGCCAGGGAAAUCGCCUGAAGCAGCCUGCGGACUGUCUGGAUGGACUGUAUGCCUUGAUGUCACGGUGCUGGGAGCUAAAUCCCCAGGACCGGCCAAGUUUUACAGAGCUGCGGGAAGAUUUGGAGAACACACUGAAGGCCUUGCCUCCUGCCCAGGAGCCUGACGAAAUCCUCUAUGUCAACAUGGAUGAGGGUGGAGGUUAUCCUGAACCUCCUGGAGCUGCUGGAGGAGCUGACCCCCCAACCCAGCCAGACCCUAAGGAUUCCUGUAGCUGCCUCACUUCGGCUGAGGUCCAUCCUGCUGGACGCUAUGUCCUCUGCCCUUCCACAGCCCCUAGCCCCGCUCAGCCUGCUGAUAGGGGUUCCCCAGCAGCCCCAGGGCAGGAGGAUGGCGCCUGAGACAACCCUCCACCUGCGACUCCCUCUCAGGAUCCAAGCUAGGCACUGCCACUGGGGGAAACUCCACCUCCCCACUUUCCCACCCCAGGCCUUAUCCCUACCUGAAGCCCUAUCUUCCUACCUAUCCCACCUCCAUCCCAGACAGGUCCCUCCCCUUCUCUGUACAGUAGCAUCACCUUGAAAGCAGUAGCAUCACCAUCUGUAAAAGGAAGGGGUUGGAUUGCAAUAUGUGAAGUCCUCCCAGGUAUUAACAUUCCAAGACUCUAGAGUCUAAGGUUUAAAGAGUCUAGAUUCAAAGGUUCUAGGUUUCAAAGAUGCUAUGAGUCUUUGGUUCUAAGGACCUGAAAUUCCAAAGUCUCUAAUUCCAUUAAAAUGCUAAGGUUUUAAGGCCUACUAUUUUUUUGUUUUUCUUUUUUUUUUGAGAUAGAGUCUCGCUCUGUCGCCCAGGCUGGAGUGCAGUGGUGCAAUCUUGCCUCACUGCAAACUCCACCUACCAAGUUCAAAUGAUUUUCCUGCCUCAGCCUCCCAAGUAGCCAGGAUUACAGGCACCCGCCACCACACCUGGCUCAUUUUUGUAUUUUUAGUAGAGACAGGGUUUCACCAUGCUGGCCAGGCUGGUCUAAAACUCCUGACCUCAAGUGAUCCACCCACCUCGGCCUCCCAAAGUGCUGGGAUUAUAGGCAUGAGCCACUGCACUCAACCUUAAGACCUACUAUUCUAAGGCUUUGAGAUUCUGUGGUUUUAGAUUUUCUGGUUCUAAUAUUUUUGAUAAGGCCUCAAGGUUUUAGGUUUUAAAGCUCUAAGAUUCUGAUUUUAGGAUCUAAGGCUCUAUGAUUCUAGAUUUUUAUUUUUCUAGGGUUCAGAGUCCUUAGAAUGUAAGAUUCUAGAUUCUAAAGAUUCUUUAAUUCUAGACAUGGAGGUUCUAAGGCCUAGUGUUCUAAAAUAUGAUGUUUUAAGGCUCUGAGAGUCUAGAUACUCUGGCUGUAAGACUCUAGACCAUAAGCCUUCAAAAUUUUAUCUUCUCAAGUUCUAAGAUUCUAAUGAUGAUCAAUUAUAGUUUCUGAGGCUUUAUGAUAACAGAUUCUCUUGUAUAAGAUCUUACAUCCUAAGGGUCAAAAGCUCUAGAAUCUGUAAUUCAAAAGUUUUAAGAGUCUAAAGAUGGAGUUUCUAAGGUCCAAUGUUCUAAGAUGUGAUAUUCUCAGACUUACUCUAAGAUCUUAGAUUCUCUGUGUCUAAGAUUCUAGAUCAGAUGCUCCAAGAUUCUAGACGAUUAAAUAAGAUUCUAAUGGUUUGUUCUGUUUCAAGGCACUUUAGAUUCCAUUGGUCCAAGAUUCUGGAUCCUAAGUAUCUAAGUUAUAAGACUCUCACACUCAGUUGUGACUAACUAGACACCAAGUUCUAAUCAUUUCUAAUGUUGGACACCUUUAGGUUCUUUGCUGCAUUCUGCCUCUCUAGGACCAUGGUUAAGCAUCCAAGAAUCCACAUUUCUAAAAUCUUAUAGUUCUAAGCACUGUAGUUCUAAGGCUCAAAUGUUCUAAGUUUCUAAGAGUCUAAAGGUCCACAGGUCUAGACUAUUAAGUGCAAUUCCAAGGUUCUAACCCUAUACUGUAGUAUUCUUUGGGAUGCCCCUCUCCUUUUUAGCCAUCAUUGCUUCCUCCUCCCCUCCUGUGGGGGUGUGCCCCCUUCAAGCCUGUGCAAUGCAUUAGGGAUGCCUCCUUUCCCGCAGGGGAUGGAUGAUCUCCCACCUUCCGGGUUAUGUUGCCCCCCUGAGCCAAUCCCUCAUCUUCUGAGUAUACAGUGUGGACUCUGGUGCCUUCAGAGGGGCUCAGGUCACAUAAAACUUUGUAUAUCAAUGA